CCCAUGAUGCCCUGUCCCCGCCCGCCCCAAUUCAAUGCAACUUUAUCAGACACCCCCCAACGACAUCUUCUUCUCUUCUGCUCUCUUUAGCUGAGAGGGAGUGGAUUUUGAGCUCUCCCGGUCAAUGGGUUUGACUGGAAAAGGCUUCUUGAACACGGAAAAGAAGGCUCACUGUGGUUUCUUGAAUUUCAAAAUUGAGGAGAGAGAGAGAGAGAGAGGAAAAAGCAGUGAAGAAGCAAAGCAAGAAACAACAAAUGUGGAAAAUGAACAGAUGGGUUCGUGUUCUUCGGGGCAAAGAGACGAAAUUUCCGCCAUUUUCUCUCUUCCCACUUUCUUUCCAGCGAGAACUGAUGUUUCGUACCUUGUCGAUUAGGAUGCUUCUUGACUGAAUCUUGGCCUUGAUACUGUCCCCGCCAAAUAUUAGUCAAAGGAGUCUUAUCUGAAAGAGAUAAGAGCAAAAAAUUUGGGGCAGAACAUGACAGAUAGUGCGGCUCCGAAAGUUCGACUUGUUAAGUGUCCAAGAUGCCUGCAGCUCCUUCCAGAAUCAGUAGAUGUUCCUGUAUAUAGAUGCGGUGGAUGCGGCGCGAUUCUUCAAGCAAAAUACCGGAGGAAUGAUGCCAAGGAUACAGGGUCAGAUAUUCGUGAAGAGAGUAGCAUCCCGACAGAGAAAUCGGCUUAUGUUUCUGAGGAUAAACAAUCAAGUGGCGCACGUAAUGGUAUGAUGAUUCCUUCAUUGGAAGAUCGUUCUGUAAAUUUAAAUAAUGUGGGCGAACGGGACACAUCUAUCUGUCAUAUCCCGGAGCAGGCAGAAGAGGCACAGGUUUGUAACGGUCACCUCGACAAUGGGAAGAGUGGAAGCGAAUCUAGGAAUGUUGACGUGGAGGAAAAUGGAGCGCUUGAGGAGCCUUGUUUGUCUGCCGCAGUUAGUUCUCACGAUAAAGAUCAGUCAUCUCAAAUUGGUGAAAAUAUAAAAGGUCAGAUAAAAGAAGAAAGUUCGCCAAUCCCUGAAGCAAACUCAGUGCUAGAAGCAGAUAAUGGUGAGAUUGACUCCAAGGACGACAGCCCAAGAACGAUAUCCGGAAGUAGUUCGCAGAUUACCGACGAGGGCCUGGUGGCAGAAAACAUUUUAGCCAAUGACGCCCCACUGCUGUCUUCUGGUGAACAGAAGGAGCAACUUCAGAAUGAUGUUCCCAUUCGUCGUGCAUUUGAGCGUAUGACAUCUAAGGAAACAUUUGCAAGCACGGAGUAUGUUGACCCUGCCUCUGAAUUCAGCGAUGCAUUAGGUGAUAGGUCCGUAUCACCAACUGCCAGAAGCUCUCAUGCUUAUGAAGGCAGCGUGUCUUCUUAUGACGCUUUCGAAGAUCAAUACCAUGACAGGGAUUUUCAUAAGUUUAAGUAUCCUGGAGAGAAAAUGAAUGCCGUGCCUUCUAAAGAACGGCGAAAUAGGGGUAAGUAUCAGGUGAAUGACUCGAUGGGUAGAGAUUCUCGAGUUCAUCAUCCAGAUAGGCACUUUACACCGCCUUAUUUUACUUCAGAUAUGGGGCUUUAUGCUAUGAAAGGAAGCAGAUGGGUCCAAAACGGGAUGGCGGAACCCUCGAGCCAUGUCUCUCCUAGUAGGUACCGUAUAAGAUCAGAAAGAGAUGAAUUACCGCCGAGGAUUCCGGGGCAACCCAGAGCUGGCUAUGAUCAUGGAAGUCCAUCGAGUCAAGUGUACCCUGAACAUGACAAGUUGAAACUAUUGAAAAUGGUCUAUGAACUGGAGGACCAACUUAAAAGGACAUGUAACAUGGAUAAGGUGGCUAGCGAAAGGGUUUCUGCGGGAUUCAAUUGGAAGGAAAAUCGUAGCUCUAUGUACUACGAUGGUGGCCUAUUGGAGGAGAGUGACUCUCUGGGAUUAAAUAUGCCUGGAUAUCUUAGGAGAAGCGAGCCACGCAAUAAUUGGCGAUCCUCAAAAAUACCCUUCUCGGCCGAGAUGACAAAAAGAAGUUACCAAUCCAACCACACCCAUUUGCAUCAUUUCCCUCCUGAGUAUCGACGCUCUGAGCCGUUGCCUCCACCUAAUAUUUACAAUAGAGGCCUCUACGGUUUCAACGAGACUCGGAAUCCCUAUAGUCCCUACAGCUCAUGUGCCUCGAGCCCUCAGCGUUAUAUGGACUAUGAGCCCUCAAUGGGGGAUAGUGACACUAACUCCAAUCAUCAGAGGUAUAAGAUCCGAGAGUUUAACAAGUAUUUCAGGGAAAAUCAUCAUGUGGUGAAGAGGCAUUUAAGGCCUAUAGCUGGUGGCGCACCGCUCAUAACUUGCUACCGAUGCUCGAAACUGCUGCAACUUCCUGCAGAUUUUCUGUUUUUCAAGAAAAGGUGUCAUCAACUGAGGUGUGGUGCUUGCAAGGCAGUGCUUAAAUUUUCAGUCCAAAACCGAAUUCAUAUAGUGCCAUAUGUGCGGGAUGCCGAAGCGCCUCCACCAAGUGAGGCUGAUGACUGCGAUGACUUGAUGAAUAGAAGGAGGUAUUCCUCAACUUCUCAUGCCAAUGGUUUUCCACAAACAGCUGUGUCUUGCUCUGAUGAUUACGGACUUUCCAUCUGUAAAAGCUGCUCAACAGAAGGCGAUCCUGCUUUGUUGGCACAGUUUCAAGCUCUAGAUGACAGUAGAGAGGAGAAGACGAGAUUUUCUCUGAAUCGGUGCCGAAACAAACAAAAGAGUCAGCCUGGAAUCUACGAAUCAGCUGGUUGCUCUGGGCAGGAUGGAAUAUCCCCCAACUCUGAGGGGCUGCCCCAUAGAUCAAACUCGCCACUUCAUCAGCUUAUGGGGUAUUAUUCGGUGAGCCAGGUCUUUCGAGGGCCUGAACCAUCAGAUGCAGGUGCAAGUUCAUCUAGCCAGAAAAAGUCAGGAUCUUGACAAUUUUCUCGCAUAGCUUAGGCCUGAGAGAACUGGAACACAAGCAUGUGAUCAGCAUGAAUCGCUGCUCUUCGACGUUGAAUCAUUUCAAAUUCCGGGAAUUAAGUGGGCAAUGCUGUGAUAACAGUUCAGAACCUCUCCUCUAGAGAUCAAAUUUUCUUUAAGAUAACACUGGAUGCAGGUUGUGAAGUUCAGUUCAGAUUUUCAGUGGUAGAGUUUCUUUUAACAGUAGUAUGUAUACAAAAGGCGCAAGGGAGGAUCUCUCAAUUGAUUUGUUUGUUCUUGUAAGUAGUCAUCCAUAUACCACCAACACAUAUACAUCUAAUUUUCCUCGCCUGUACUUGUGUUCGUCGCCGCCACGCAUCCAAACUGGAACGAAGCCAAUGUAAAAAGGAUUGACUGGUGUUCUCUCUUCUUGAAUUUGAGGGGUCAUUUGGUUUCAUUUUCAUCUGCUUAUGCAUUGCAUUUCUUACCAA